GUCAUCGCCGAUACUAAUCUCUCUUCAAAUGUUCUUUCACCUUUACACAUUUCCAUUGAGAGAAAAUACACGAUGUUCGGUCUUGCAGGAAGAAGAAGCACCAUUGUGCGUUCAAAAUGCUUAACGUCAGCUGCAAUUCCAGCUCGCGCUGCUCCUGCUGUACUGGAUGCCAGGGAAUUCCAUUCAACAUCGACGAACGCCGCAUCCCGACCGACAUGGAUGCCAAUGCGGGUUAAGACUCCAUGGAUUGAUGCUUUGACACAGAGCCGUGAGGCUACACGAAACUCCAGGGCUGGUGUUGAGGCAGCACCCCUCCCGAAGCCAGAUGUGACACCGAAAAGGAUGUCGGAUAGUCGUUACAGCGCUAUUCUUCCAUUAGCACAGGACAAAUGGCUUCUCGAUACAUAUCUCAAUGCCUCCGGCCAUAUCCGACUUGGUUCAUUGUUGAUGGACCUCGAUGCCUUGGCUGGUGUCAUUGCACACCGUCACACAGGUGAUGGUGUUACCACCGUUACUGCCGCUGUGGAUCGAAUUACUAUUGAGAAUCCACUGAUGGAGAUCUGUGAUCUCGAACUUAGUGGUCAGGUCACAUAUGCUACAGGCCGGUCAAGUAUGGAGAUUUCAUGCCAGGUAACCAAGGCCCGACCAGAGGGCCAGGAGCCUCAGCCAGAGGAUGUUCUGAUUACCUGUGCUUUCACCAUGGUGUCAUUAGACCCUGCAACGAAGAAGCCUGCCCGUGUUGCUCCCCUUCUAAUUGAAACCGAUGAAGAGAGACUGCUUUACAAGAAGGGCGAAGAAAACUCCAAGGCCAAGAAGGCCCUCAGAACUCGCAGUCUACUCGAGAAGGCACCCGAUGAUGAGGAGAGUAACCUUAUCCACUCUAUGUGGACCAAGGAGAUGUCUUACCUGAACCCCGAGAACCCAGUAAUUCGCCCUGAGAACCAAGUCUUCAUGAGCGAAACUGUCCUUAAAUCCGCCAUGAUCAUGCAACCCCAAGACCGAAACCGACACAACUUCAUGAUCUUCGUGGCCUACACCGAGCCCGAAGAACGUGAAGGUGAUAGCAGCAAGUACACCCGAGUCCAGGUGCGCGUUGACACGAAGGUCCGAGAUGUGGAGCACGGUACGAAGAAGUCUACUGGAAUGUUCAACUACACCUUUUUGGUGGAGAAGGAUAUCAAUGUUAUGCCGAAGAGCUAUGGAGAGUUCAUGCUUUGGACUGAUGCGAGACGUCGGGCCUUGAAUGCUGCCGCUAUUGACCCCGGACACAAGACGAGUGCUUUGCGGACUAUCAAGGAUAGUGUGACUGAGUAG